GCUGAAAGGAAGGAAGCCCCGUAUAUACAUCCAUACAUCAUCCAUGCUGCCAUGAAGUUGGAACUAAUGUUCCAGAUGCAUUAAAGCAUGCAUUAAAGCAUCAAAGUGCUACGCAUGUAAUAACCUAAAUUCGCAACCGGCACCAAAAACCAAUCAAUACAAUCAAUACACCACUCACAAAAUCCAGUGCCCUUCCUCGCCUGGUGACCACUUGACGACCACUUGACACCCGUACAGGUGCCAUGUAGUUACGCUACGUGUGCUCUGUCAUACGCACCCCCUAGGCACCAAGUACAUGAUUAUUAUUAUUAUUAUUAUUGUCUUCAUCAGCUCUUGUCUUACUUUUACAUACAUAGAUCCAGCUGACUGACAUAAUCCUCCACAGCCUUGGCCCUUUUUAAUUUAAUUUAUUUUCAUCCUCUACGGUCCACGGUCCACGGUCUACGGCUUAUAACAUUCAUCUACUACCCCCGUCAACCCGUCAUCCCGUCAUCCAACUAUUUACUAUUACCUUUUACCAUUACCUUCGUCUACCUACAUCCACCCUAGGUUUGGGUUUACAUACCCCCUUUCUAUGACCUGUCUAAGGACAUCAUCGAUUUCAUACUUUCUAUUCUUCGACUAAGAUACUAGUUAGAUACUAUAGUGGCUCGAUCUCCUUAACCCGCAUAGCGUAUCGACGACAAGGAUAGAAAUCCAACAUGAGGGAUCCUUUCCCUAUUCCUCCUAUCCCCGCCCUCAGCAAGGCCGUCCAACCAUGGGCUGACUACCUUGGGUUACCGACGCUGCCUCUGCAUAUUCACGAGGUCCUCUUGAUGGCUGCUCUCUACUUCUUCAUCGGCACUGUCAUCUCGCCCUUCCUAUCGAGCCGAAUCUUCCCUACCAAGUACAAAGCUCUCUCCAGGAGCAAGAGGCUGAGCUGGGAUGUCCACGUCGUGUCGUUUGUACAGAGCACCACCAUCAACAUCCUCGCACUAUGGGUUAUGUUCGUCGACGAGGAGCGCAAGAAUAUGGACUUGCAAGAACGUGUCUGGGGAUAUACCGGUGGUGCAGCUAUGAUCCAAGCUCUCGCUGCUGGUUAUUUCCUUUAUGACCUCAUUAUCACUGUCGCCCAUCUCGAAAUAUUCGGUCUUGGUAUGCUCGCACAUGCCGUUAGUGCUUUGGCCGUCUAUUCCUUUGGCUUCCGCCCCUUUCUUAACUACUAUAGUUCUAACUUCAUCCUCUGGGAGCUGUCUUCGCCUUUCCUCAAUAUCCAUUGGUUCUUUGACAAGCUGGGUAUGACUGGAACUAAGCCCCAGCUCUAUAAUGGCCUAGUACUCAUUGCUACUUUCUUCUCCUGCCGUCUCGUAUGGGGCACAUAUCAAUCUGUCUUAGUCGCCCGUGACUUAUGGACCGGCGUAAACUCGACACCUACCGUUUUGACAGCUCUAACUCCCGACGAGCUUCUCGAGGCAUCAUUCCCUCCCCAGUAUACGAAUACCAUGCGAUUUGUAUCUCAGCCAGAUAGCAUCCCACUAUGGCUUGCUGCGGUAUAUACUGCUAGCAAUAUAACUUUGAACUCGUUGAACUUCUACUGGUUCUUCAAGAUGAUCGACGCCGUCCGCAAGCGGUUCGAUCCCAAGGAAAAAGAAGUCAAGGUGGAAGAAAAGCCGAUAGAAGGCAAAGCCGUCACCACCGGUGUCCAACCAGGCAGUAACGAGUUGAAGGCUCGCCCGCGCCGGGGAACUUUGCUCGACGGAGAAGAGGCAGAUGAACCCCCACCAAUCUAAUAUUUCGUAGGGAAACGUCAGUUUUCUCGAUUGGCUUGUCGGUGCUAUAAUUCGCUCCUAAAAGCCUCGAAGCAAUAUCUUCGCCUCUUUACAACUAGGUGAUAAUGUAGAAGCCCCGAAUUUGAGAUGUAGAGACUUGGAUCACCCGUCUGAUGGAGAAGUUAACAUGAAAGGAAGAGGGGCUUAGCCGAAUUAAGUAUCUGGUCCUAGCUUGCAAAGGAUUCGUACGGAUAAGAGGCUUAAUGAAUGGGUUUUAUGUCAUUUUGAUUAAACCAUUAAUCAAUAAAAACGAGGAAAAUUACAAA